AUGGUUUUAGCAGAUUUGGGUCGUAAAAUUACUUCAGCUUUGAAGUCGCUGAGUAAUGCUACCAUUAUCAAUGAAGAGGUUCUAAAUGAUAUGUUAAAGGAAAUAUGUCGAGCUCUGAUGGAAGCUGACGUCAAUAUUCGACUUGUGAAAUCACUCAGAGAAAAUGUCAGAUCAGUGAUAGAUUUUGAUGAGAUGGCUGGAGGUUUAAACAAACGUAGAAUGAUCCAAUCAGCUGUGUAUAAAGAAUUAGUUAAAUUGAUUGAUCCAGGAGUAAAAGCAUUUCAUCCAUCAAAAGGAAAGUCCAAUGUUAUUAUGUUUGUCGGUCUACAGGGAAGUGGAAAGACUACCACUUGUACUAAGUUAGCAUAUUACUAUCAGAAGAAGGGUUGGAAAACAUGUUUAAUUUGUGCUGAUACUUUCCGUGCUGGAGCUUUUGAUCAGUUGAAACAGAAUGCUACCAAAGCCAGAAUUCCUUUUUAUGGCAGUUAUUCUGAGAGUGACCCAGUUAUUAUUGCCCAAGAAGGUGUUGAUAAAUUUAAAGAAGAGAAUUUUGAGAUUAUCAUUGUGGAUACUAGUGGUCGACAUAAACAAGAAGAUUCUUUAUUUGAGGAAAUGUUACAAGUUCAUCAGGCUGUUACUCCUGAUAAUGUAGUCUUUGUUAUGGAUGCUUCUAUUGGUCAAGCUUGUGAAGCUCAAGCCAGAGCUUUUAAAGAUAAAGUAGAUGUUGCUUCAGUUAUUAUAACUAAAUUAGACAGUCAUGCUAAAGGUGGUGGUGCUCUUAGUGCUGUUGCAGCAACUAAAAGUCCAGUUAUAUUUAUUGGUACUGGAGAACAUAUUGAUGAUUUUGAACCAUUUAAAGUUCAACCAUUUGUCAGUAAAUUAUUAGGUAUGGGUGAUAUAGAGGGAUUGAUAGAUAAAGUGAAUGAAUUAAAAUUAGAUGAUAAUGAAGAAUUGAUGAAAAAAUUAAAGCAAGGUCAAUUUACAUUACGAGAUAUGUACGAACAGUUUCAAAAUAUUAUGAAGAUGGGACCAUUUAGUCAAAUUAUGGGUAUGAUACCUGGGUUUAGCUCUGAUUUUAUGACGAAGGGUACAGAACAAGAAUCCAUGGCUCGAUUAAAAAAACUCAUGACAAUGAUGGACAGUAUGAAUGAUUCAGAAUUGGACAGUGUGGAAGGUGAGAAAUUAUUUUCACGUCAACCAACUCGAGUGCAACGUGUAGCCAGAGGUUCAGGAGUGUCCAUAAAAGAUGUCAAUGAUCUGUUAAGUCAGUAUAAGAAAUUUGCUCAGAUGGUUAAAAAGAUGGGAGGCAUCAAGGGAUUAUUUAAAGGAGGUGAUAUCAGUAAGAAUGUUAACCCAGCUCAAAUGGCUAAACUCAAUCAACAGAUGGCUAAAGUUAUGGAUCCCAGAGUUCUACAACAUAUGGGUGGUAUGCAAGGCCUACAAAGUAUGAUGAAACAGUUUCAACAAGGUGCUGGCGGCAAGAUGGGAAAUAUGUUUAAUUGA